AUGAACGCUGAGAGAACUUGUGUUAUCAUCGUCCUUUUUUCAAUGUGUCUAACCUUGGAGACACAAGCGCAAAAGAAUGGGUUCAGAGGAGGAUCGAAGUCAUACGAAAUUCACGUUGAGGCAAACACAAUGGGAACAAAUCUACAUUAUAAAUUGCCCGAGUCCAAGGUGAAGGCUGCUUCUAAAGAAGACUGGCAGGUGGAUAAUGAUAACGCUGAGAUGCUGGCCAUGAACAGCCCUGUUUUGGCUACAGUCAAUGUAAAACAUCCCAAGUUUAGUAUGAAAGGACAGUGGCCUGAGUAUAAGACAAGCUUCAAGCUGCCCAAAGAUGUAAGUGUGGCUUCGAAACGAGCGGACUUUUCGAAGCUUUUUAAAAGCAAAACGAAAGUACGAGAAACUGAUCCUGAUCAAAGUGACGAGGACUCUUCCAGGAAUGCAAAAGCCUCGAGAAAUCAUCGAGGUGAGAAACAACCUACGGGUUCUGGGAUAAGGUUAAAUAAUCUUGCAAGACAGUUGUUUUCUGGGAGAAAAGCAGGGAAGAAAAGGCCGCACAACAAAAGGCUGGACAUGUCACAAAUUACAAGGCUUCUCCUUCCAAUCGCAGGAAUGAAGAAUGUUAACCUUAGCAACCCUCGCGUUAGUAGUGCCAUGAAAGGGGUUAUCAAGCACGCCCGGAAAGUGGUGGAUGAGGCAAAAGCGGUGCUUAACGACGCCGCAAACUUUGUAACAAAGGUCCGAAAGCUUGUGAAAGUCACUAAAGAUCACUCAAAAAUACACAAGCAGCUCCACAGAGUUAUUGCCAUGGAAACGUCUUCUAAAAAGCAAAAUGAAGACAACCUUAACUCUGUGACUCCUAAUGCGGAGACCUCCUCUUUGUCAUCUAAGGACCAAGGAACUGAAAGAGCGCGACUCAAAGUAGUGGAGGACGCCAACGGCAGACAAAAUGAGUUGAACCACAAAGAGUCAAGUAUGCAAAGAACAGUUGAUGGGCAAAAGCACAAUCAAAAAGAGAGAACACCAGGCAGACGAGAAAAUAAAGCAAGAAUUGGAACGAGUACCAAAGGUGUUGAGAAACGAUCAUCCUCAGAUUUUAUAAAAACAGCCGACCAAACAAAACUUGAAAGGAAAUCUCGCGUGCAUCGGAGAGGGCUGGCUGAGACACUGGAAAGCAUCUUGUCAACAAUUAACGACCUUCAAGGUCUUUCAGAACAUUAG